CUCCUCUUUGCUGGGAAGCUCCCUCUGUUUGCAUAUCGUCACUGUAAAUAAACCUAAAUUUUCCGAACAAUCUAUCGUAUUUUUUUCAACGCACGCAUGUCAAUAUAAGCAUCAUAAGAAUGUGAUAAAUAAAUCGAUCUGGUACUUUAUUUCCCAGAAGAAGACGGAAAUCCAGAAAGGAAAGAGCGAUACGUGAAUUGAUCAUUCAAUCGAAUGACAGAGUGAUUGUGAUAGUGAUCGCAAGUAAUUGAUAUUCAGACUAGAGUUGCUUCAUUCAAGUUUAUAGUAUUCAGGCUUAUAUAUAAAAUGGCCGUAAAAGAAAAAUCGGAAUCUUUGUUUGAGGAGAUAGAUUGGAACGUGGAGAAUGAGAUUCAGCUUUUUUUCUCCAUGAAUGGACACAAACCAGUCGGUAUUAAUAAAUAUUUUCACAUGGUGUGCAUAUGGGAGAAAUUUCGUGCUGCCAUUCACAAGGAUGUGCCGUUGAAGAUGAUUUGGGAUCAUUUGGAAUCUAUGUACGAUCUUAUGGCUUUGGAUGACAUGGAAGAUUUACCUUUUCCUAGUCAAGAGAUGGAUUUUUCUUUACCAGAGACAGAAUUUAUAGGAAAGCCUCGAAAAAAAGAAGAAUUAGAAAUAAAACUGAAGGAUCAAAGAGAUAAAUACAAAGAGAUUAAAAAAGAAAAGGAUAAGGAAAGUUUAAAGAAAGACAGUGUAUUGCGUGAUUUUAAAGGAAGCAAAGAUAUGGAAAAAAAGAAGGAAGAAAUGAAGAAAUAUGUAAAAGAUAUAGAGCUCAAGAAAGAUAAGUUUAGGGAUAUGAAAGACACAAGGAAAGAACAUAAAUCUUCAAAGAGUCGCUCAAAAGGCAAAGAUGAUUCAGAAGAAAGUGCAUCAAAUGGGAAAAAGGAACGCAAGGAUUCCGAAUCUGGUCGCGAACUUUUGAAACGAAUUCCAAAGAGACCAACUAGACAAAGUGUGGACAGUUCUUCUAAAGCUUCUUCGAGUCCACGUGACACACCUCCUCCGAAACGAAGAAGAAUAUAACAGUUCUCGUAAAUUUGGAAAUAUUAUUAUUUCUAGUUUAUCCCAAAUUGUAUAAUUUACGAUAUAUGAUUAUUGUAAUGUAAUGCUGUAUUUUAGCAAUAUGGACAUGUGUAUAUAAAUAUGAGUCACUUAAUUUUUAUAAGAUUUA